CCAUUUUGUAGAAAACGCUUUUCAGUUAUUAGACAUGUUGACCUUGACGACCUCCCAGGCGCUAAUGGUGUCAGUAGCGCCUGCAAAGUGGUGACACGUGACCAUCACAAGAAUAACGAUAGUGAAGGGUGUUGUAACAAGUGUCCACGGGCAAUUAUAUCUGAAAUGGAAACACGUGUUACCCUCAACAGACGGACCCUCAUCCAUGCCUUAACUGAUGCAGAGUCUGAGAAAUAUAUCUCCCUUUGAAAACCGUUGUGUAUGUUCUUCAUUCAAAUGCAGUUUAUAUAUACAGCGUGGAGAGUUUUAACACUCGCGGUAUGGAUCAGCUCAACGUGGGCGUGGUUUGAGACUGGCGAAUCUUCUGGAAUGACAAGUGAAAUGUUCGCCUGUGGGGGUGCGGUGAUGGCGGGUACAGACGUUGUAGAGUCACCCGGCUUCCCAGAGUACUACCCCUCAGACCUCGACUGCCUCUGGGUGAUCAGAACAGCCCCAGGGUGGAGAAUCAAUAUGACGUCACAGUACUUUGACCUCGAGGAUCAAUCACAGUGCUUAUGGGAUUUUCUUGAAGUAAAAGAUGGAGACAUCGCUACUGAAUCCGGAAAAGCAAGGUAUUGUGGGAGCGAACAUAUCUCCUUCCUGUCUUCUUCUGACGUCAUAACCCUCCGAUUCCAGACGGACGCAGCAGGCGAUGGGAUUGGCUUCAGGCUCAACUUCACCCCCGUCCGGUCUGAUGCUGCUGAAGACUACUGCAACACGACCUUGACCGGAGACAAGGGGUUCAUCACCUCCCCCGGCUACCCCCUGGCCUACCCCCCGAGCGUCUUAUGUCACUACACAAUACAGGGUCCACCACACAGCUUUGUCGAGCUUCGGCUCCUGUAUUUGGACGUCGAGACGUCUCCUUGCGACUUUGACUACGUUGCCGUGCACGACGGUCCGAACACAGACUCUGAGAGACUGGCGUUGCUAUGUGGUAUGACCGCUCAUGGCAACUGGACCUCAUCUGGACGACAUCUUCACCUCGUGUUUAAGUCGGACUCGGCCAUACAGACACACGGCUUCAACGUCAGCUACCACGUGGUACCCCUGGCUACCACUACCGCCUCCACAACAGCAUCUACGACCGUCACAGAACUUCCAAGAGCAGGCAAAACUUGUACAGUCACUUUGAGUGACGAGGGUGGCAAUUUCACCAGUCCUAAGUACCCGGAUGCUUAUCCACAUAACAGCAGGUGCGUGACCUACAUCCGGGCGUCUAAUCCAAGCACCAUCGUCAUAGAAUUCAUCGCGUUUGAUCUCGAGGAGAGCGAGAACUGUACAUAUGACACAGUGACAUUAUCAUCAGCCCCAUAUGGAGAGGUCAAUGAAUCUAUCAAUCACGUGAUAUGUGGGGACAGUGUCAGACAGCGCGUGUUCACGUUCGACACGACAGCGGUGACGGUGACCUUCACCUCGGACACUUCCGUCAACGCCGGUGGCUACGUCGCACACUACUUCGUGUCCCCGCUACAGAGAGAGUCCCCGUGUCCACUGCAGUGUAAUAACGGGGGAACCUGCGUUAAAGAGGGGGUAAACGACACUUCCGGGAACACAUGGAGAUGUGACUGUACUCGUGGUUUCUCUGGCGAAGAAUGUGAGUAUGAAGAUGACGUCACAUGUGAGGACUACGCAUGUCACAACGGAGGCACGUGUUACAUCCAGGGCAGAGGUCCAAGGUGCCACUGUUUGCCGCGGUACACCGGAAGUCUCUGUACGACGCAGCUCAUGCUGGAGUCGGAAAGAGUGACGUUCACGAAGGUGCCCCACAACAUCACCAUAGCGAGAGGCAGCAGCGUUCUUCUGGAGUGUGCCGUGCAGGAGGGAGAUGUCGGCAUUAUGUGGUUGCACCGUGACCGGAUUCUCAGUGAAGGCGACCACACCGAGGGGAUCGAGGUACAUCCGGGUGGUGUUCUGCACGUGCCGGAAGUCAGUGACGACCAGGACGGGAAGUACACGUGCGUUGCUCUGUCGGGCGGCAACCUGUUCGAGAUGUCGUCCUGGGUCAGCUUAACGGAGCCAUGUCGACUGCGUGUUGAGAAGGCGCCCCAGAACAUGACGGUGGAGGAGGGUGGCAUUGCCAUACUGCAGUGUUUUGUACCAGAUGCGGAACACACCAUGUGGAGGAAAAAUGGAGAAAUCAUCAAAUUUGACAGAAGGAAGAAGAUCCUGGUGAACAACUACCUAGUUCUCGAUCAGAUUGUGGAAACGGACGCUGGCGAAUACACGUGCGCGGCACGUGCGUCAAACGGCUGUUCGGCCAGGGUAUCCGCCACUUUGACAAUCGACGGUAUUGGCCACAAGAAAGCUUGUGGGCGGCCCAAGGUGGUCAAGGAGGCAGGUCGAGGGGGGCGUAUCGCCAGCGGGAAGGAGGUCCUGGAGGGGGAAUCCCCAUGGCACGUGAUCAUCAGGGACAAGCGACAUACAGCUGCGUUCUGUGGGGGCUCACUGAUCAACACCCAGUGGUUCUUGACCGCUGCCCACUGUGUCGAACAAUUCGAGAAGUCGUACCGCACUCCAUUCUCCAAAGAAGACGUAGACAUUUACGUCGGCACCGUGCGCUGCGACGGCAAACAGGGCAUACAACGUCGUCUCAAACACUACAUACUGCAUCCUGAGUUCAAGGGACAUAACUUUGAUAACGACGUUGCGCUGUUUCAACUUGAUCAGCCGGUGGAGUUCAGUGACCUCGUUAUGCCGAUUUGCUUGGAGAGGGAACUACUUGUGAACGAACUACUUCGUGGCGGAAGGGUCGGAAUGAUUACAGGUUGUGGUAGUUUGUAUGAAUACGGCAUGUCUCCAACGUUCCUACGAGAGGUUAGCAUUCCAUACGUCAACCGACCAGUGUGUGAAAGAAGUGCCAAAAGUGUUAACACAUCUUUCACUUCCGGGAUGAUAUGCGCUGGGUACUCUCGGCGCAUGCGCGGUGAUGCUUGUCACGGCGACAGUGGUGGCCCGUAUGUAAUGGAAUAUGGCGGUCGCUGGAUCCAGGUCGGGAUUGUUUCUUGGGGAGUGGGAUGCGACCAGGAAAACCAAUAUGGCUACUAUACACAUGUGUCCAGAUAUUAUGACUGGAUUCUAGAUAACUCAAUUGAGAGUGAGGUAGAAGAUUUCGAAAUGGAGAACUAAUAUGAAGGACUAAUAAAUGAAAAUAUCCAACGUAAAUAGCGCCUAUGGGAAUGUUUUGUCAUUGCUUCUCUGUCAGACCUCUUGUCAUCCCUAAUGACUUGCAAUCAGAAGAACACGAUCAAAGGGCCUUUCUUCCUGUGGGGACAUGUCGAAACGGAGACAGUGAUACGGCUUGGUUAGCUCCCCUAGCAGAUGAGCGGAGAGCAAUAUCUGCCUUUUCGUGUUUUGUAUGUUGUUUAGUAAUCAUGGUAAUAAGGCCUGAACUUGAGGAUCGUAUGGAUUAAAACAUAGGAAUUGG